AUGUUUCGAAUAUUCGUUGCUAUUUUCCUAUACCUGACAGGAAUAUGUCUUGCGCAGAACUCCUCGCUGCCCAAAGACUGCCCUACCGAGAUCCGAGACCUUGAUGAGGGCUACUUGAUCUACAACUCAACGCGCACAGCACGCACCAGAUUCCCAGGACAAAAUUGGCCAUGGUACAUAACCGCCGCUAUAACCGACAGACGUGGGCCAGAUCUCGUAUUUGGAGACGUCGAUACCAGUCAAGAGCUCAGUGUUUUUAUAAGCGUUCAUAAAACAAUUACAAGCUCGAGAUACUCCGCCGGACGGACAGAUACACGGGUCUGCUCGUCCAUGUUGAAGGCCGUAAACAGGACUUCUGAGAACCCGCCGGACGUGGAUGCUCCUGAAGACAUAACGUACGCAGAGCACUCGUGCAAAGGCGUCAUUAGCGAGAAAUGCAUCAGGGAAUUCGAGAACGCAACGUAUAAUGUUACAUGGCUUUCUCGUAAAUGUCCGGGUCUGCAUUCUCUAGACUUCAGCGACGAAUGCAGGGAGUACCUUUGGUUCAGUCAAUCCACUCCGCGGCAUUUCGACCCGCCGCAUUGUUCGAUAGAUAAGAUGCCAUAUCUUGAUCUGCCGAAAGAUUAUAUGACUUUUGGCAGUGGCUUGUGGGCUGGGCUUAUCGGCGAUGAGGACCGGAAAGAUUUUGACAUGUAUGAUUUGAGGGUUCAGCAGACCAUUCCGUUGCUGUUUUCAUCGGCUGGUACGAAUAGGCUGAUAUGUAUUGCCCCAGACCAGGCUGUUCCGGGUAGUCGAAAGCCCCAGUUGGAGCUGGAAGGGGAGGAUGAAGAGCCAGAGGAAGAUGAGAACCUGGCGUCGCGAGUUGGAGGUUUGGGGCCUGCUGUCUUCCUUGGUGUUAGCGCAACCAUCUUUAGUCUUUUGUAG